AUGGAUUGGAAGGCUAAAAAUACCUGGCAUCUUAAUUUACUCAAAACAAUCAAGCUCCCUCAAUCACUUGUCCAGAUACCAAUUCUUGAAAGAAUGGUGACAUUUUUAUUAAGGGUUGAGAAAACUUUAAAAAAAAUUGAAAUUUCUAGAUCUAAAGUCCUUAUAGAAAAGACUCAACUCUAUUGUAAUUGGAGAGAUUCAGAACUGUUAUGUUCAUAUUCUAUAUGCGCAGUUGGAAGAACAUCAAGAAUAAGAAAAGUAAAAGAAUAA